UAAUGAUCAGAAUUGGAUAAUGUCAGGAUCAGACUAUUUCACCUAGUUAGGAUAUAAAUGGGACAGCAUUAUCAAUGUUCUUUAUAUUCUUUUUUUUGGGGAUUGGAUCAUUCAUGAAAGAGAUUAAUAAAAAAUUAAAGGUAUAUAUAUGAUAAAUGAUGUAGAUUCCAUUUUCUCCAAUGCUGUUUGUUUUAGGAUUGUUUUUUGGAUUUUAUUGGGAUUCAUUGGGUAUCAUUGGACAAAGUUGCAAAAAAAUUAGCGAAAUUGAACCGGUACUAAUUUAGGGAUGUAUGUUUUCAGAUCGGAGUGUUAUUAAUCUUUCUACCAACGUUAAUUUAUGAAUCUGGAUACAAUUUCGAUUGGCACUUAUUCAAGAGACUGUUUGCUUAGACUGCAAUAUUAGCUUUUCCUUGCGUGAUAAUAUUAUCUACAUUAUUGUAAUUGUCUGUAAAAGUAUUACUAAACUAUGGGGAUGACUAUUUUACUUGGGAAAGUGCUUUCAUGUUUGGUGCAAUGUUGAGUUGUACAGAUACGGUUGCAGUAUUGGCGUUAUUAAAAGAGAGUGGAGCAUAGAAGAAAUUUUAAAGUUUAAUAGAAGGAGAGAGUUUAUUGAAUGAUGGAGCAUGUGUAAUGUUAUUUUAGAUAUCAUAUGGGAUAGUUAGGGGAAGAUCUGCAUCAGCAUUUGAUGUAGGAUCUUUAUUUUUUACAUUAUGUGUAGGUGGAACAUUGAUAGGAUUAGUAUUUGGAAUGGCAUGUGUUUAUUGGAUAAAGAAAAUAGCAAAUGAUGAAAUACUGGUAUUAAAUAUAACAAUAGUCUCAGCCUUUUUAGUAUAUUUUAUAUCUGAGAAUGUUGAUUUUGGAGUACACAUAUCUGGUGUAUUAGGAUUGGUAUCAUUAAGUUUAUUUAUGGCAGCAUUUGGAAGAUCUCGUAUAUCUCAUGAAGCAGAUCAUGCAUUAAGAGAAUUUUGGGAAUAUGUUGUAUUUGCAAGUGAGGUUAUCAUUUUUAUUUUGGGUGGAAUUAUUGCAGGAAUUAGAGUAUUUAAGGAUGAAAGUGAAAUAACAUAAUUAGAUUUUUAUAAAAUGAUUGCUCUUUGGUUAUGUUUAAUGGGAUGUAGAUUUAUUUCUAUUGCAGUAUUCUAUCCUUGGCUUAAAAAACUUGGUUAUGGAUUAACAUGGCCAUAGAUAUUAGUUUUAACAUAUGGUGGAUUGAGAGGAUCUAUAGGUAUUGCCUUUGCUUUAAUUGUUGCUAAAGAUGAAUCAUUACCAACUAAAUGGAGAGAUAUUAUUUUAUUUCAUAUGUCAGGAAUUGCUGUUUGUACUCUUGUAGUAAAUGGUACUACUCUCUCUUUAUUAAUUAAAUUAUUGGGAUUAUCUACAUAAUCUGAUAUAAGAGAAAAGAUAUAUUCUAAUUUCUUAACUAAGUUGAAUGAAGAAAUUGAAUAUGAAUGUAAAAAAAAUAAUGAAUUAAAAUAUUUAAAAGAAGCUGAUGUUGAAUAUGUUAAAACUCUUAGUGGUUAUAAAGUCUAUUAAUCAGAUUGUAAUAAAAUUAUUGAUAAAUUGGCUAAACAUGAAAAGGCAUAAAAAGAAAUACAAAUGAAAAAUAUUCAUUAACCAUUAAUGGAUGAUGAAGAAGAUUAAGAAUUAGAUUAAAAUCUAUUGACAGAAAUCAGAAGAAUCUUUCUUAUGGCAUUGAAGGGUAUCUAUAUGGAAUAAUUUGAAUCUAAUUAAUGUAGUCCUGAUACAAUUAUUCUUUUGACUGAAAGUGCCAAUUUAGAUCUUGAUAAUGAUAAAGAACCUAUGAAUUCAUGGGAAUUUUUAUAGAGUUAAUUUUCAGAAAGAUACAUUAAUUUAUUAUUUUAUAUGAAAGAUAAAUUUCUAAUUGGUAUUCUAGCUAGAAAUCAAUUAUUUUCAUAUAUCUAUACAAUUUAUGAUGCUGUUUCUGUUUAUAUUGAAGCUAUUAAAAUAUUAAAAGAGGAGACAUCACAUUAUCAUUUUUCAUAAAAUUUAUUAUUAGAAAUUUUGAAUGAAGUAGAAGAUAAUAAAAAAUCAGCAGUAUCAUAUUUGGAAGGAUAUUUAGAAGUAUCAUUCCCUGAGAUUUCAAGAGAAUUACAUACAAAAAAAGCUGCUUUUGAAAUAUUAGAAUUUGAAAAAUCUGUAUUAAAAAAUAAUCUUCAAUCUGGUUAAUUAAAUGAUAAGGAAUUUUUAAGAAUGAAAAGAAAUAUAGAUAAAAAAAUGAAAAAUUUAAAUGAUUUAAAUCCUCCUUGGUAAAUGCCUUCAUUAAUUGAUAUAUUUACAUAACAUGAAUUGUUUAAAUCUCUAUCAUCAGCAAAUAUAAUUAAAUUAUUAGAAGGUUCUAGAGAAGAUUCAUUUGGUAGAGAUCAAUUGAUUUUUAAAGAAGGAGAUAGAGCUAGUGAAAUAUGUAUUAUAACUAGAGGAGCUGGAAAUGAAUUUAGUGAUAGAUCAAAAAUAAGAGAGAGACGAGCUUUGAAUGAAGUUACACCAAUUUAUAUGUUAGUGGCUCCUUCAAUUAGAUAUUAAACAUCAUUAGUUGCUGAUUGUGUCAUUAAUGCCACUUUUAUUAAGAUAUAAACUAUGCAAACAAUAAUGAAACAAAUUCCAGAGUUUGAAGAAGCCAUCUGGAGAAACUCAAUACCUCUUUUAUGUAGAGUAUAUUAUGAUCAAUUAAAACCAUUAUGCAAUUUAAAAAUCAAUUAGAUUACAGAGAUAGUAUCAAAGUCAGUGUUUUAGAAGAUUAAGAAAAACUAAUUAAUCAGAUUUGAAUAAGGAGGAAUAUUAUUAAAAGGUAUUAGCGGUUUUGUCAUAAAUUAGGUACAUUAUGUGAGGGAAAGGAAAGCAUUUAGGAAGCAUCUUCAGAAGAUGAAGACGCAUUAAAGAAUUAAGAAGAAGAGAAGGACUCAACAUAGAGAGAUGCUCUAUGUUUGAUCAGUCCUACAUCUUCACCAUUAAGAGCCAGAACUGGAAUAAUAGUUUUAUUAUUCAAGCAAUAUUAACUGCUUGAAUAAUAUAAUUAAUUGAAUCAGAAUAUUAAUGAAGGAGGUAAGCUUUCAAAUAGAAGAUCGAGUAAAUCUGAUUUAUAAAAAAGAUCUUUGACAGCUAUACAUUGAA